AUGCAGUGUGGGUACAUCAAGUGUCUCUUAACAGUCCUUUUGACGGUUGUGUCGUUCUCUUCCGCUCAACAACAACAGCAACAAGAUCGCCAUUCGGUCAUCAACCGAGAACUUCCAGAACAACAACAACAACAAGUGCAACAAGUACCACAAGAACAAGGUCGUCGAAGAGAGCAAGUAACAUGUGAACGAGGAAAUAGAAAUGCUUUCCAGAACAGAAUCGAACUGAGCUUGGCCAUUGCCGUUUGGAUAGGUACGAAUGGGGCUGAUGUCAGUCAACAGGCCUACUAUGGGACUCCAAUCAAUUGCUGGGAUGUUUCCCAAAUCACAAUCAUGACACGAUUGUUUGAGGGACAACAAACCUUCAAUGCCAAUAUCUCUGGAUGGGAAGUCUCCCAAGUGACCAAUAUGGAUCGUAUGUUUGCUGGCUGCACGGCUUUCAAUCAGCCUUUGCAAGAUUGGGACACGUCUGGAGUGAUCUCGGCGAAUUCCAUGUUUGAAAAUGCCCGGUCCUUCAAUCAGGACCUAUCCUCCUGGAAUUUGCAAUCCUUGAACAGCGCCUCGGGUAUUUUUAGUGGGGCAUCUUCGUUUUCCCAGAACUUGUGCAGUUGGAGCGACGAGCUCCAAGCUUCCUUUACUUCUGCCCAAAUGCUUGGUGCAUUUCAAAACACAAACUGCCCCAUCCAGACCGAACCAGUCUGCACACCAGGGGACCGCGGAUGCGAAGGCCCCUUUUGCUUUGCCUGUCCGAUGGGACCCACGACUCCAUUGCCAUCUAAAAGUCCAACCAUAAUGCCAUCGUUGAACCCCACCGGUGCAACACCAGCUCCAAGUGUCGUGCCAACCAAGAUGCCUACUUCGGUUCCAUCGGCAUCACCUUCCAGCAGACCUACUAUCAACCUGACACCAAACCCAACUGUCACCCCUGGAGAACCCACAGUGUCACCUACCAUUACUGUUCCGAUCGAGACAAACGAGCCAUCUCCUUCACCAGUUGAUCAACCGACCGCGGCACCUGUCGCCAUGGGUGUACUUCCGCCAUCUGCAUCCACACCAAUGGCUCCUACGGUUCCAGCACAAACCACCUCGAAUCCAUCCGCGGCUCCAGCUGUUGGAGUUGCUAGUGAUAACAACAGCGCUGCUGGAAGGCUGUCACAAUGGAUGGGAUCCAUGGUCGCAAUUGCAGCAACCAUGACCUUCAUUAUGAUUUGUGAUGUGAAUGCUUCUCAUUGUCAAUGCGAGAAUGAUGAUAAAAUCCACUCUAGUAUGAUGGAGUCCCAUCCAGAUCGUGUCUAUCAGGUGCCAGGAUGGAAUCAACCGUUGCCCAGCCGCUGGUACUCUGGAUACUUGGAUUACGAUUUUCAUGGACAGCAGGUUCAUACUCAUUACGUUUUGCUCGAGGCAGAACAGACUGGAGACUGUACCUGCGACAAGCCUCUGAUCUAUUGGUCCAACGGUGGUCCCGGUGCCAGCAGUUUGUUUGGACUAUUGACGGAAAUUGGCCCAUUGAUCUUGUCGGAUGAUUCCUUAAAGACAGAAGACUAUACAAAGACUGGCAUUCCAACUCCCAUGUACAAUCCUCAUGCUUGGACUCGAUUUGGAUCUGUCCUCAUCUUUGAUCAACCGGCACCCGUUGGAUUCAGUCAUUGCAACGGUCCCGAAGAAUUCCAAGCGCAAAACUGCGGUGAUAUUGCCUGGACAGAUGAGUUGACCAGCGAGAAUAUCUACACUGCCUUGCAAGCCUUUUACGACAAAAAGUUUCCAAGCUACAAGCCAAAGGACCUUUACCUUACUGGGGAAUCUUACGGUGGCAUUUACAUUCCUACCUUUGCUCGGCGCAUUGUGGAAGACCCAAAGAAUAACGAUCCCAAGAACGAGGAUGCGAUUAAGCUAAAAGGAUUUGCUGUUGGAGAUGGUUGUUUGGGGACCAAGACUAGUGUUUGUGGCGAUUUGCUGAAUGGAGAUGUUGCUGCCGCCGCCUAUUGGCACAUCGUAUUCAUGGCAGGUCACCAUCAAAUCCCCCUUUCGGACUAUCAAAUGGUAAUGAAGGCAUGUUAUCACAGUGACCAGGAAGGAUUCUUGACAUUUCAAAAGCCAGAGUUGAAGGAGGCCGACGAAGUUUGCAAGGCUGCUAUUGAAAAGAUCAAGGCGGAGAUUGGUGGAUUCUUUACAUACUCCUUAUAUAAUGACUGUCCCUACCGAAAUGGAUUGGCUGCGAUCCAAGGCGGUCAAAAUGACUACCCUUGUGGUGGAGGAAUCGUGCUCGAAGAAUAUUUAAAGUUGGACUCUGUCAAGUCUGCCCUUCAUGUGCAAUCUGACUUUUUCGAAACCGACAAUGCCGAAGGUGACUUUAAUUACACUCCCACCGAGCCAGAUUUAACCGGAUUCUACAAGGAGAUCAAUGGAAAACUCAAGGUGCUCGUGUACAAUGGGGACACGGACCCUGCCAUUACCAGCUUUGCCGCACAAAAUUGGACUUCGUAUUUGGGGUUGGAAGAGACACAGCACUGGAGACCAUGGACGAUUGAUGGAUGCCAACGCAUGGGUGGUUAUGUUUCCCGAUACGACGGCAUGUUUGAUUUUUUAACAAUCCGUGGGGCUGGACAUAUGGUUCCAACUGAGAAGCCAGAAGCUUCGUAUGCCUUUCUUCAAGCUUGGAUCAACGGGGAUGACUAUCCCACAUUUGAUCCAAAAUGCAGAAAGCCCACUUCUACAGAAGCUGUGGUCACGGCAUCCAAUGUCCUACAGGUAGACGAGACGAAGGCCUCCAUGCUGAGAGGAUAA